CUCGGGGUGUCUCAGGGCUAAACGCCACAGAGAUUGGGGGACCGCUCUGGAGUGUAGAAAGGGCGCUGAGGGGGAAAUACUCAAAUUCUCUUUACUUUUCUUGGCUGGGUCUGGCACAGGCCCGUCAAGAUGUACUGACAGAUCACUUGAAAACUGUGAAAACAAAGCUCCACGUUAGUUGAUAUUUGAGAGAAAGAACCCCAACCGGAUUACAGUUGCUGUCGGGGAAGGAAUCGACCAGUAAGUGACAUUACUCAGCAGUUUGGAGGCGGGGAAUAUAGCCUCGGUGGCUUGAAGAAGAGUGCCAGUGCGGAAUGUAUGUUGACGGUCGCUCCUUGGGACCAAAGAGAGAACCUUGCACAGCACAGAAGUGGACAGCCCGACUCCAGUGAGGGAGCAACUGCAUGCUGGUGGCCUGCCUAGGGUGAGGUGAGGCUGGCAAACUAGCAGAGAUGGAUGUGUUUGGCGGUGCACCACGUUUCCUGGCCUACCCUCGCCCCGUAGUAGUGCAGAGUGGCACUGACGCCGUCCUGAAGUGUCAGAUUGGCGGGGACCCCAGGCCAGCGGUCAUCUGGGAGCGAAACAACGAACAGAUCCACCCAGAGGAUCGCUAUCGUCUCUUCGAGGAUGGAAACGUCUACAAUCUCAUCAUUUCAUCGGUGACCACAGAGGAUAGCGGCCAGUAUACAUGCAAGGCCAAGAACAGCAUCGGGGAAACGUAUGCCGCGGCCACCCUGAAGGUGGAGGGCGAGGCCCAAGAGAUGGAGCUCCGGGAGGAGAACAAGCCUCGUUUCCUGAUCAAGCCCCUCUCCACCCGGGUGGGCCGCGGCGAAGACGCCGUCUUCUCCUGUAAGCUGUGGGGAAACCCGCGACCAGAGGUGGUCUGGGAAAAGGACGGGAGGAAACUCAACGAGAUCUUUGAGAGUACACAUUUCAAUGUGGGCUACCAGGACGGGGGAUGGUUCCAGCUUAAGAUCUUCAAGACUCGUGCACCCGACGGCGGAGUGUACACAUGCAAGGCCAGAAACGAGUUUGGAGAGGGGCUGGCUGGAGCCGUGUUGCUCGUCGAUGCAGGCCCGGGUCACGAGGAAGAGGGAAACCGCAACGGUUACACCAACGGCCACUGGAAAGGCCAUCAAGGCAAACAGAGGAGUGGUAGGCAAGUGACCACGCGGCUUAAAGACGACCGAGUGACCAACCAAGCCAAGCAAGUGAAAAUGUUUGCCGUGACAGAGGGCAAGCACGCCAAAUUCCGCUGCUUUGUGACUGGGAAGCCCAAACCGGAAAUAAUAUGGAGGAAAGACGGCAGGCUGAUCAUGUCCGGAAGACGGUACCUGUUGUAUGAAGACAGAGAGGGUUACUUCACACUUAAAGUGCUGUACUGUAAGCAACAGGACAACGGGGUUUAUGUUUGCGCUGCAUCCAACACUGCAGGACAAACCCUCAGUGCUGUACAUCUCUCUGUGAAAGAGCCGCCUGUGCGGUUUAAGCAGCCCCUCAUUGAUCUGGAGGUGUGGGAACGGGACCUGGCUGUUCUGGAGUGUGAGGUUCCUGAGGACUCUGUUCCCAUCACAUGGUAUUUGGAGGACAGGCGGUUACAGCCAGGGGCCAAAUAUGGGAUGGAAGAGUGGGGAACAAAACGACGACUCACUAUUCGUGACAUCGGAGUCGACGAUGAUGGGAUUUAUCUUUGCGAGAUGGCGGAUGGGGGGAGGAGCAUUGCUGAGGUGGCAGUUAAAGGCACAAUCAUGCGUAAACUUCCACGUAAGGUGGAUGUUUUGGAGGGGGAAAAUGCUGCCUUCUGUGUUGAAGUGGAGGAGGAGGAAAUGGACAUACACUGGUAUAAAGAGGGGACGGAGCUGCGUGAGACUCAUCAGACAAUCCUGAAGUCCUUUGGAAAAACUCACAUUCUAGUUUUUGUCAACACAACGCCCCAGGAUUCUGGCCUAGUGACCUUCUUUGUGGGAAGAUCCAAGACUUCCUCUCAGCUGAGGGUAAAAGCGGCCAGGCAUAGCCCACCCAGCUGUCCAGUGGGUGUGCAGAUCAACACAGAGCGUGCCAACGCUGCCCUCCUCUCCUGGGUUCCGGCGCAGGACACCCGGAAGAACCCCCCAUCGGGUUACGUGUUGGAGAGGCAAGAGGUGGGCACCGGCUCCCAGGAGUGGCUGCAGUGCUUGACAACCGACUCGGCCACCUCAGUGGAAAUUCUUGGCGACAGCGUUCCCUGCGAGGCAGAUUAUCGCUUUCGCAUAUGCAGUGUCAACAAGUAUGGCAGGAGCAACAAUGUGGAAUUCCCAAGGGCAGUUCACCUGGUCCCUGUGACCAGAAUACAAGCCCCCCUACAGGAUGCCUUGGUGCCAGAAGGCCAGGAUGCCUGCUUCUCAAUUGAGCUCACUGCCUCAGUUAUUGGCUCAUGGUUCUUGAAUGGCACUCAGCUUCUGGAGGACGACCGUUACUCCAUGCGGCGGUCUCGAACGCACCAAUCACUACGCAUACGAGGUGUACGAGAUACAGACAACGGGGCUGAGAUCACAUUCAUUGCCUAUGGAAUACGAGAUUCAGCAGCACUCUAUAUUCAAGCUCCUCUAGUGAAGUUCACACCACUGUCAGAGAUGGAUCGUAAUAAAUUUGUUGAACUUGGCAACCCCAUUGUACUCUACUGCGAGUUGUCAGAUCCCGCAGUCCCAGUACACUGGUACAAGAAUGGGGUGGAGGUACACACAGUCGAGGGUCUUCACAUUCAGUCAGAAGGCACAAUGAGGAGAAUUGUCAUCCAAUCGUCAGAGUUCUCCCAUUCCGGAGUGUAUUGCUGUGAUGCCAUUGAUGAUGUCAUAAGGUUCAACGUGGAAGUUGAGGCUCCACCUGUGAGGUUUUCAGUACUUCCAGAAGCUGAGAGGAACAAGUCCAUUGAAGCAGGCUGCCCCAUUGUACUACAAUGUGAGCUCUCAGAUCCAACUGCCCAGGUGUACUGGUACAAGGAUGGAACAAAGCUCCUACCUCAAAGUGGAAUAGAAAUCCAGUCAGAUGGCAUCACAAGGACACUAGUUGUCCAGUUAGCAGAGAUAUUCCACUCUGGGUCGUACAGCUGCAAGACAAAGGGUGAUACCAUCAAGUUCAAUGUGGACAUCAAAGCUCCGCCUGUGAGGUUCUCAGCACUUCCAGAAGCUGAGAGGAACAAGUCCAUUGAAGCAGGCUGCCCCAUUGUACUGAAAUGUGAGCUCUCAGAUCCAACUGCCCAGGUCUACUGGUACAAGGAUGGAAUACAGCUCUUUUCAAACCAUGAACUAGACAUCCAAUCAGAAGGCAACAUGAGGAUGUUGGUUGUUCAAUCAGCAGAACUGACUCACUCUAGCACUUACAGUUGUACCACAGUGGAUGAUACCAUGGAGUUCCAUGUGGAUAUCAAAGCUGUGCCAGUGACGUUCUCAGCUAUCUUUGACGUUGAGAAGACCAAGUUGGUUGAAGCAGGCUGCCCUUUUGAACUGCAAUGUGAGGUUACAGAUCCCACUGCCCAGGUCUACUGGUGCAAGGAUGGGGAAAAGCUCCUCCCACAGACUGGAAUGGACAUCCAAUCUAAUGGCACCAUGAGGAGGCUCAUUGUCCAAUCAGCAGAGGUCUUUCACUCAGGGCUGUACAACUGUGAAACUUCUGACGACACUCUCCAGUUUACUGUGGAUAUCAAAGCUCCACCAGUGAAGUUCUUACCUUCACCAGAGGUUGUGAAGAGCCAGUCGCUUGAAGCAACCUGCCCCAUUGAACUACCCUGUGAGAUUUCAGACCCCAUUGCCCAGGUGUCACGGCAGAAGGACAAAGUAGAGCUCAUCUCUGACACUGGACCUCAUUUCAAAAUGGAGGGCAUCAGGAGGAACCUGGUUGUCGAACCGGCACACCCCUCCAACUCUGGGGCGUAUUAUUGUGCGACAGCGGAAGAUGUUGCCCCAUUAAUUGUACAGAACCAAGCACCUCCUGUGAGGAUCACAACACCUUGUGAAGCUGAGAGGAACAAGUCCGUUGCAGCAGGCAGUCCCAUUGCGCUGCAUUGUGAGAUAUCAGACCCCAAUGCACAUGUUUUCUGGUACAAGGACGGAACACUGCUAUAUGAAGAGAAUGGACUACAAAUGCAAUCGAAAGGUUCCAUAAGGACAUUGGCUGUGGAAUCUGCAAGGCUGUCUGAUGCAGGGAGCUACAGCUGUAAGACAACAGAUGAUGCAAUGCAGUUUCAUGUGGAUGUGAAAGCUCCACCUCUGAAGUUUUCAGCAAUUUCUGAAGCUGACAAGAAAAAGUACAUCAAACCAGGCUACCCCAUUGAACUGCAAUGUGAACUCUCAGAUCCAACCGCCGAGGUGUACUGGUACAAGGAUGGAACAAAGCUCCUAACCCAAAGUGGAGUAGACAUCCAAUCAGAUGGAACUAUGAGAACUCUAGUUAUCCAAUCAGCAGAGCUGUCUCACUCUGGAGUGUACCGUUGUGAGACAAUGGAGGAUGGCCUCCAAUUCACUGUGGAAGUAAAAGCUCCACCUGUGAGGUUCUCAGCACUUCCAGAAGCUGAAAGGAACAAGUUCAUUGAAGAUGGCUUCCCCAUUAUACUGCAAUGUGAGCUCUCAGAUCCAACUGCCCAGGUGUACUGGUACAAGGAUGGAACAAAGCUCCUAUCUCAAAGUGGAAUAGAAAUCCAGUCCGAUGGCAUCAAAAGGACACUACUCAUCCAAUCAGCUGAAAUAUCACAUGGUGGAACAUAUGAGUGCUCAACAGCAGACGAUACCAUCACAUUUAAAGUGGAGAUCAAAGAUCCAUCACAGAAGAUCAUGCCACUUUCACCAAUGGAGAGGAACAAGUCUGUAGAAAUUGGCACUCCCAUUGUACUGCAAUGUGAGCUCUCAGAUCCUCUAGCCCAGGUCUGCUGGUCUAAAGAUGAAAUGAAACUAUUUCCCAAAACUGGCCUCGAUAUCCAAAGCGAAGCCAAUGUGAAGAGACUAGUAAUUCACUCUGCUGAGCUCUCUGACUCUGGGCUCUACUGCUGUAGUCUUGCGGACGAUGCCAUGACAUUCAAGGUGGAUGUUCAAGCUCUUCCCGUGAGGUUUUCAGCACUUCCAGAAGUUGCGAGGAACAAGUUCAUUGAAGCAGGAUGCCCCAUUGUUCUACAAUGUGAGCUCUCAGAUCCAACUGCCCAGGUGUACUGGUACAAGGAUGGAACAAAGCUCCUCCCAGAGAAUGGAGUCGACAUCCAAUCAGAGGGCGCUUUGAGGGCUGUGAUCCUCCAAUCAGCGGCGCUCAGUCACUCUGGGGUGUACAGCUGUGAGGCUGUAGAUGACUGCAUAGCAUUCAAGGUGGAUGUUGCAGCACCUAUAGCUCCACCAGUGAGGUUCUCAGCUGCCCCAGAGGUUGAGAGGAACACGUCCAUUGAAGCAGGCUGUCCUAUUGUACUGCAAUGUGAGCUCUCAGACCCCAGUGCACAGAUCUGCUGGUACAAGGAUGGAAUAAAGCUCCUCCCACAAUAUGGAAUACACAUCCAAUCAGAGGGCACCAUGAGGACCCUGAUUAUCCAAUCAGCCACAUUUUCAAGCUCUGGGGUGUACAGUUGUAAAACAGCAGAUGAUAUCAGCGAAUUCUAUGUGGAUGUGAAAGCACCUCCGGUGACAUUUGUUGAUAUCCCUGAGGAAGACCUCUUCAAAAGUGUUGUGGAACAAGAUCGUCUUAUUAUGUCCUGUGAGGUGUCCAGGGUUGACGCUAUUGUCCAGUGGUACAAAGAUGGGGUUGAAACGCAGUCUAGUGACAACGUUGCCAUACAAGCAGAUUGCACUGUUAGGAUGCUGACCAUCCAGUCAGCUCAGCUGUCAGACUCUGGGACAUACACAUGUCGUGCCGGAGACAGCGCUUUAAUGUUCAAGGUUAACAUACGAGAGCCACCAGUGAUGAUUGUAUACCCUAAAGAAGAUGUCCACCUUGAUCGGCAUGUGCCAGAGGAGAUCAUUCUUAGCUGUGAACUCUCACGUCUAAAUGGUGUCGUAAACUGGUUCAAGGAUGGGCAAAAGUUGCAAGAAAGUGAAAAUAUUAAGCUUAAGAUUGAGGGCCCUUACAGGCGACUGAAGAUUCUCUGUAGUGGAAUCGAAGACUCUGGCGAAUAUGUCUGUGACACGGCUGAUGAUUCAAUAUUCUUUCAUCUCAGCAUAACAGAGCCUCCAGUACAAAUUGUAUCUCCAAGCCAGUCGCAAAUGGAGCUCUGCCAGCAAACAUCUGAGAGGAUGGUGUUGAGCUGUGAGAUCUCAAGGCCCAAUGCUGUGGUGCGCUGGUAUAGGGAUGGGCUUGAGGUGGAGGAAAAUGACAACCUAAUCUUAGAGGUGGAUGGGGUCUACAGGAGACUCAUUAUACCUGAGACCACAGUCAAAGAUUCAGCCGAAUAUGUGUGCGAUACGGCUGAUGACAACAUGACGUUCUUUGUCAACAUCGCAGAUCCCCCUGUCCGUUUUGUACGCCCAAGAAAGAUGGCAAUUGGGGUUGAGAGGUUUGUUGGAGAUUCUUUGGUUCUUGACUGUGAGGUGUCCAGAUCAAAUGCCGCGGUAAGCUGGAAGAAGAAUGGGGAGGAAAUGGAAGAGAGCAGCAAUGUCACCGUUAUUGAGGAUGGCGUCAUGCGGCAAUUAACCUUCCACUCCAUGACAUUGGAGGACGCUGGGAAAUAUGUCUGUGAUGCCAAGGAUGAUGUGAUGGACUUCCAGGUCAAGAUCAAAGAGACACCUGUAAAGAUCCUGGGAAAAAACGAUGUGAAUACUCAAAAGGAGUUCUUCGCAUCAGAUGACAUUGUCUUAGGGUGUGAGCUUUCGAGAGCCAACUGCAUGGUCGUCUGGUACAAAGACAAUAAGAAAAUCGAUGACAAUGAGCGCUACUGCAGUGAGGAGCAGGGUGUUUUCCGUUCACUAGUGGUUCUAAAUGCUGAGAUCGACGACUCUGGAGAGUACACCUGUGAUGCCGGGGAUGAUAAGAUGGUGUUCUGUAUCACUGUGAAAGAACCCCCUGUGACCAUUAUAGGCAACUCGGGUAACCCAGAACAUCAUAGCCUGGUAGCAGGCGACAAACUCAUCUUGGAGUGCGAGAUAUCUUGUCCGAAUGCCACUGUCCAGUGGCUCUGGAACGGAAAGUUACUGAGUUCAGACUCCCGCACUCACAUAGACAGUGAUGGUGCCAUCAGGAAACUUGUUUUGUCAGGGCUUCAGCCCUCGGACUCUGGAGAGUACAUAUUGGAUGCCAUCGAUGACAAAAUGGUAACCAUAGUUGAGGUCCAAGAGCCCCCAGUCAAGUUUGUGAACAAACAAGCAAGAACCACCAUCUCUGGCUACGAAAAUGAAAGUGUGACACUGUGUGCCAUGGUGAGCCGGGAGCAAGCCUAUGUGCGAUGGCGUAAAGAUGGUGGACUAUUGAAUGGGGAUAAUAUUUACAUCUCCAGUGAGGGUAACAUGCACACCCUCACCAUCAACCCCCUGAAACUAUCAGAUAGUGGAGGGUUUGUCUGUGACGUCAACACGGAUGAAAUUUCUUUCAUUGUCCAGGUUAAAGAAAUGAAAGUGAAAUUCUCUAGACCCCUGGAGAAUAUCGUAGCCCUGAAGGACAGUACCCUCACCCUGAGGUGUGAGGUCAACAAACCUAAAGGAGAUGUUCAGUGGCUCAAAGAUGGCCAGGACAUUAAGCCCAGCCGUCGACAUACGAUAAGGGCACAGGGUCGGGAGCGAAGCUUCACCAUCCUCCAGCUAACGCUAGACGAUGCUGGGGAAUAUGCCUGUGAAUCCACAGACGAUAGGACUUUUGCCACUGUCGGUGUAGAAAUGCCUCCACCUAUUGUUGAGUUUAUCACAGAGCUACACAAUAUCACUCUACUGGAGGGGGAAAAUGCUACAUUUAAGUGUGUCGUUUCACCAGAGGACACACAGCUAGUGUGGAGCCUGAACGGCCGGCCUAUAGCUCCAAAUGAGAGGUUUGUCAUUUCAAGUAAUGGACUGUGCCACAUGCUGUGCAUUUACAACUGCCAGGUCUCAGACUGCGCCACAGUGACUGCCGAGGCAAAAGGGCUGGUGUCUGAGGCAAACCUCCAGGUUCAAGAACAACAGGUGUUGUUCACCAAAAACAUGGUGCCCGUUGUGGCUGAGCAAUUCGGGGAGGCUACCCUGGAGGUGGAGGUGAGCCUGGACUCUGGAGAGGUGCAAUGGAUGAGGCAGGGUGUAGUCAUCCACCCGGGGCCAAAGUUCACCCUGAAGCAAAAGAGCCGGCGACGGAGCCUCACCAUUCACAAGCUCUCCCUUUCUGACCGGGGCACCUACAGUUGCGAAACUCUCCACGACCGCACGCAAGCCCAGCUCAUCGUGGAACCCAGAAAAAUCACAAUUCGGAGAGGACUCACUGACAUCCAAACCAUUCAGCGUGAAACUGCAUCCUUCGAGGUGGAGCUGUCUCACAGCAACGUAGAAGCCACUUGGCUAAAGGAUGGGAACCAGCUAAAGCCAAACAACCACUGGCGCAUGAGUGCCAAAGGGUGUGUCCACAGCCUCACUAUCUCCAACCUCACCUUGGACGACACAGGCACCUUUGUGUUAUCUGCGGAAAAUGUGAAAACAUCUGCCAGGCUCGUUGUUAAAGAGCCACCAGUGACAGUCAUAAAAAAACUGGAGGACUUGCGCUUUCCAGAAGCGGCUGUGGCAUCAAUGGAUUGUGAGCUAUCAAGGCCUAAUGUUGAAGUGAAAUGGAUGAAGAAUGGGAUCAAGGUUAUACCGCGCAAGGAUUUGCGUACUUAUGCUAUGGGAAGAAAACACUAUUUCCAAAUCCUGAAGUGUGAAGUCAGUGAUUCUGGCACAUACACAUGUGACGCUGGAGACUCCAGUACAUCCUGCAAUAUAGAGGUCUACGAACGGGAGCUUGUGGUCCUGCAAGGCCUGGAGGACCUGGACAUACAGGAGGACCAGAAUGCUGUGUUUGUGGUUGAGAUCUCCCUGGAGGAUGUGCCUGGAGAGUGGUUAAAAAAUGGAGUGAGAAUUACACCAACCAGCACCAUCAAGAUCCGUCAGGAAGGGACCAAGCAUUUUCUUCUAAUGUGCAACGUGAGAGGAGAGGACUCCGGAGAGAUCAAGUUUGUCGCGAAACACUUAGAAUGCACAGCCUAUCUGGAGGUGGAGGAGCUUCCGUUGAACAUAAUGAACCCUCUCCAGGACAAGGUAGCCCUUGAGAGGAGUCGUGCGAUCAUGGACUGCUCAGUUUCCAACCCUCGGUGUAGUAUCCGCUGGUACAAGGGCAGCAAUGUCAUCCUGCCCUCAGAGCGCUUUGAGAUCUGCAGUGAGGGCUGCUAUCGCAAGCUGGUCAUUCAACAGGUGGCACUGGACGAUGAGGGAACCUACAGUGUGCAGGUUGGAGAGCACACAUGCUCUGCGAAACUGACCGUAGAAGCCCAGUCUCUCCUGAUGGUGAGGGAACUGAAGAGCGUGGAGGUGGUGGCCCCGGAUGAGGCCUGCUUCGAGUGUGAGGUCUCGGUCCCCGUCCUCAAAGCCCCCGUGUGGAGCCUAAAGGGGGAGGCCCUGCAGCAGGGGCCCAAGUUCAGCCUAGAGAAGAUGGGCAAUGUCCACCGACUCACCAUCCGACAAACCUCUGUCGACAUGAACGGCUUGGUGGAGUUCACGUUGGGAAAAGCCAAGAGCAGCGCCGAGCUCCACGUCAAGAGUGAUCCUUGACAGACGCAGUAGCGUCUUGAUGCAGUAUCAACAUCAGAAUGAGAUGGAUCAAUAUCUUAUCCACCAAUUUAUUUGUGUUCAUAUUUGUAAUGUGAAAUUUUAAUGUAUGGAUUAGAAUUUAAAUAUAUUUUCCUGUCUUUAAAAAGGGGGUGAAUAGUUUGUGUCAACGCUUUUAACAAUAAGUUAUUAAAAGAUUUUGUAUAAUUAUUUCCCAAUGCAGAUACCCCUUCUCACUUGAAACAAUGUCUUGAAACAAUGUCCUCUUCAGAGGCUCUAGGUGAAUUCAAUUAUCAACCAACAUAAGUACAGAAAUGACUAAAUUGUCUCUCUGAAUACGAGCAUGUGCUUAAUCCAUAUCAUGUAAUAUAAACAUUUUAUGUAAUAUAAAAAUGUGUUCUAAAGUCAGCCAUAAAAUACAGUUGGAGAAUGCAAUUGAUUACAGGCGUGGCACCGAAUCCUAACUUGAGAUCCAUGUUUGAGUGGACUCUGCUUGCAAUUAUUAUUAUUUUUUUUCUUUUUUUUCCCCCAUAGGUAUGAAUGCAUGCUUUAUGCAAAAGUCUGUGUUGCGCACUGACAUCCUAUGUCAGAAUUUGGGCCAUAAUGGUUACUUAUAGCUACUAUUGAGACACUGUAUGUUGUUUAGAAGUGACGAAUCCUAACUUGAGCUACCAGCUUUUUCACAUAAAUCUCCCAUUGACAUCAACGAAUUUAUCCAGAACUUUGAGAUACAAACUUUUCUCAAGUUAGGAUUCAGUCCUAAGUUAAAAAAGGUUCUUAAAAGGUUCCAUUAGUUCUAUUAUAAUUUACUUUAAGUGUCCAUUUAGUCAGUCAGUCAAAUUUCUAAUUGCAUCAUUUCAUUUGUAUUUUUCAACACGUGUCCAUUGUAUAGACAUCGUUUUUUACAUUUUGAAGUUGUUUUUUGGAGGCAGAUAUUCAAGCUACUUUGAAGAAUGGGUUCUGUCAAGUAACAUGGGGCUUGUAAUAUAAAUACAUUGGGCCAAAAUUGGUUAAUUUAGAAAGGUAGUUUAUAUUGAUCAUUUUAUUAGAUUAUAUUCAAGUUUAAAUGCAGAGUUGACUGAGUAAUAUAAUUAUAUUGUAUUGAAUAAUUAAUGAAUAUGGUUUUCAUAUGAAGUGAAGUCAGUUCCAUAUUCCUUUUUCUUUUUAAUUUAAUUUGUUUCCAACACCCCCUACAUUGUAUUGAAUUGCUCCAUUAAUGUAUGCAUCAUUCAUUGUAUUAGGAUAUGACCUCUUUCAAUAAAUCAUGCUUUAUUGUGGUACAAA